AUGUCCACAACACUUUCGUUUAAACGCCUAGAAAUGGUAUAUCUAAUGCGUGUUAUUUUAGAACUUCAUUAUUUAGUAGAUAUGAAAUCUCUUCUUUUAGUGAGUAAAACUACAUUAUCAGCAUUCAAAGCACUUAAAAUUACACCACGUACAAACAAUGAACGAUUAAUGUAUUGGUUUCUUUAUCAUUUCACACCAGACACCGUCGAUUUUGGUUUUGGUUUUUUUAGUAAAGCGUUUUCAUUUAAAAAUAUCAAGCAGUAUAUUAAUGUUGAUUUUUACCAACUGUUUGUAAACAAAAUGAUUACUGAUAAAUUUGCCAAGGAAUACUUCUGCAAAAUCACUCGACUGAAUUUAUCAACAACAAAUGAACGUUUUGAAUUAAACCACGUCAGACUAUUUACACGUCUAGAAUAUCUUUGUGGUAACUUGGCGCAUAUUGUCGACUUUUUUGUGAAGUACAUAGGUGACGAGAACGACCGGUUUCUCAGUCUUCCACGGAAAGUUGUUAUUUAUGACAAAUUUGAAGAAAAAGACGAAAUGUUAUUGACAAAAUUAAAUCAGUUAAUACCUAAAAAUGGAAGAACGGAAAUUGUAUAUAUAGCUGACACACAUAUUAUAUCGGAAAAGAUGUCAAAGUUAAUGAAAAAUGGAGAGUACUUCUAUAGAACUCUUUCAGGAAACUCAUUGCCCACAUUGAGAGAGAAAAUGUGUCCAAUAAAGUCAACUGUCAAAAUCAGUGAUAACCCACCUUUAAAAGAUUUCAUUGGAUUAAUUGAGAAAUGCACGACUGAGACAUUCAAAGCCAAAAAUUGCUUAGAAAAGCCAGUGGUGUUGUUUGAUAAUAACAUAAAAGAAAUUACACUAAUAAAUUGUAAAGGAAAACAAACAAAAAAUUUUAAAGGGAAUGAAAUGAAUGGACUUCCACUGAUGUGGUAUGACUCACUUGUUUUAGAAAAGAUUACAAUGAAAAAGUGUCGAAAUAUCUUCUUUCAAAGUAAGUCAAAAUACUUUAGAAAAAUAACAAUUUUUGAUUGUACAGCCAUUCAAGUGUAUUACGACUUCACUGAAUUUGAUGAAAUUUACGUCUUGAAAUCAAAAGCUGUGAUGUUUAUUCACACGUUGAAUCACAUGGAUGUGUCAAGUAAAGAUGUCACAUUUGCAAUUGAAAAUGUAACACUAAAUGACACAAAAAGUGGUACGCCUUUACUUGUCACAUCUAGAGAACACGUAGAAGACAAACUUGAUAAAAUUGACAAAGAAAAUGAAGUACUUAUUGACCACAAACUUGAAAGUACUAAACAAGUAACUUCAGAAAAUGAUAAAGUAAAAACAUUGCAAGUCUCUUCUUUACAUCCAACAACAAUCCACCGUUUGUAUAUCAUUAAAAGUCAAUCAGUAUCUACAAUCGAAUUUCUAUCUAUGGAACGAGUAGUUCUUUCGUUAUCAAAUAAAAUCAGUUUCGUUGGUGGUGAGCACUUCAAACCAUUUGUUUCAUAUGAAGCUGAAGGGAUGGGUACCAUUAAUUUUCAAUACAAAAUUCCUGAAUGGUUUCUAAAGAUGUUGACCAUCACAAGUAAACAAGACAGAGGACCCAAAUACUGUGAAUUUCCCUCUCCAUUCCCUUUUGUACAUUUACAUAAUAACAACGAAGCUAUUGCAAAAUCGGUGUAUUGGGUGCCUCACAGAUUUUUUAAUAUUGAUGGGCGUAUUAUAAUUGAUGAAGAUGGGUGUAUAAAACGAAUUAAAAGUGCCAACUUUGUGACUGGAGACAAAGUUGUGUCGUUCGACUUUAUGACAAUUCAUUUUACAGCCUCGCCAAUGAGAGUCUUAAACAAAUCUGGUGAAUUGGAGGACAUUUACAAUAUUAGAUACUUUGAGGUUGAAGUGACAGGCCCUUCUACUGUGGCCAUUGGCCUAUUCACAAACAGUGUAUUUGCAUUCGAAAAAGACCAGAUGGUGGGAUGGAUGGAAAACACGAUAGGAUAUCACAGUGAUGAUGGUAAUAUAUAUCAGGGGUAUAAUUCAGCGAUAGUGCAUACAAACAAGACGUAUGGUAAUGUCAUUGAUGCGAUCACUGUAGUUGGUUGUGGUGUUCUUGUCGACAGCAAAAACGUGUUUUUCACGUUGAAUGGUCGUAUUGUAUAUCAAGUGAAGAAAGAGUGGAAUGUGUUUUGUGCGGCUAUCACAAUGGGAGAGUACAAACACAUUCGCAUUAACCGUGGCGAAAGGGAGUUUGUAGCUGAUGUGAAAAAGAUAGCAAAAGGUAAAGGAAAGAAAGUUGGGAAAUAUGAAAUUGAGAGACUUGAAGAUGAUAUAACAAACAGUCGCAAAGAGUGUGUUGUUAUGUAA